AUGUACCACCAUAAGAUCAGGUUCCAUUCGGGUGUUCAUGCCAAAAUCGCCGCUAUCCGCACCUCAUAUUUCACCCCAUCCAUCAAAACCACCAUCACCAGAAUCCUUCGGCUCUGUACAGUAUGUAGAAGAGCCCAAGGACACGCUUACCGCUAUCCUGAAAUGCCUAGUCUUCCUCCGGAACGAGUCAACCGUUCUAGACCGUUCCAGAAAGUUGGACUAGACUACUUAGGACCACUUUAUCAUAGAGAUCAGGUCCAUUCUCAGGCCGAGAUUUGGAUCUGUCUCUUCAUCUGCAUGGCAACCCGCGCUGUACAUCUCGAGUUAGUCCACAACAACACCGCAUUCGAGUUUUUACUCGCCUUUCGCCGUUUGAUUGCUCGCAGUGGUACUCCGGACCUCAUCAUCAGCGACAAUGCUACCACUUUCCAACAGCCAAUGACUCCCUACAAAGCACCAUCUACAAUCGCAAAGCCAUAG